AUGUUCAAUCCUCCUCUAGGUCAUGAAGUCGUCGCAACAGUCGCUCAGAUGCAUCUGCAUCCCUCGGUCAUGCCCAUACUCUGCGACAUCUUGAACUACAAAGGCGACUGCCAUCUCGCCCCAGUCGCUGCCUGGGCAGACAGGGUCCGCGGUCUGCCACAGUACAGGUGGACAGGUCCCCUGCAUUAUAUCGGCGCAACAGACGACUAUCCUAGCGAGACUUGCGCUUUCCCGGGAGAUAAAGGCUGGGAGGGUAGAAAGAAUAUCAACGUGCUGAGCGGCAUAAGGAACACCACAAGUGUUUUGGAGGAUUAUAUGGACCUGCGUAAAGCAGGCUUGACCACUCAGAGUGAUGAAGAUGCGGCGCAGGUCGCACUCAAAUUCCUCAUUCACUUCGUUGGGGAUAUGCACAUGCCGUUGCACCUCACUGGACGUGACAGAGGAGGAAACGGAAUCAAAGUCUCAUUUGACCAUCGUGUAACAAACCUUCACUCUCUCUGGGAUGGCCUCCUCAUAGCUAAAAGAAUCCGCACCAUACCCUCCAAUUAUACCCGCCCUCUGCCACUUCCCGAAGUCGAGGGUCACCUCCGGGGUACCAUUUACGACCCUUACAUCCGUCGUAUCGUCUGGGAAGGCAUCAUGGGCAAAUACGAGGACGAGCUCGAAUCAUGGCUUACAUGUCCCACCGAACUCUCCGUUCAACCCGCCCAAAGUCACUUGGAGCAAUGGCUAUCUUGGACUUUCGGGCGUCGCAUUGGGUCUUGGAUUUCGGGGUCGCGUGUCACAGAUGGAGGCCUGAACACUGAUGAUGAAACCUUGUGUCCAUACCACUGGGCAACUCCCAUUCACGCUCUGAACUGCCAGAUCGUCUUCCCGAAGGCCUUGGAUAAACCACCGUACAACCGCGUUUCCUUCUCUGGGGCCAACGGUCACGGCUGCAACUCAUCUAACAAAGCGCUUGAAGUCCACUGGCUUUCUGCACCGAGGAAGAACCCAUACCUCGAGCUGGACACGCCCGAGUAUUCCGGGAUAAUCCAGGAUGAAUGGAUUGUUGAGAAGUUGAUGUCUCAGGGUGGUAUUCGUCUUGCGGCUGUUCUCAAUUGGCUCUUCGCAGAUAUACAGGAUUCAACUCUUUCGAAUAGAACAUACACCUUGUAA